UCUUCCUCUCGCAGCCCCGCGCGUAGCAGGCAGCAUGGGACAUCAGCAGCUCUACUGGAGUCACCCCAGGAAAUUCGGCCAGGGCUCUCGCUCCUGCCGUGUGUGCUCCAACCGACACGGCCUCAUCCGCAAAUACGGCCUCAACAUGUGUCGGCAGUGCUUCCGUCAGUACGCCAAGGAUAUCGGCUUCAUUAAGCUAGACUAAGCGCCAAGAGGAUGAGGCUAUCGCCAGAAUCUGUUUGGGCCUACCUGAUGCAUCUGCAGCAGCUCGGUACAGUUGCUAUCAAUAAAUGAUCUCCU